GUAGUGGUGAUGACCAUCCAGAUCAAGUGUUUUCAGGAGAUCAUAGAUAUCGGCUACAGAGUCUACCAUUCCUACGAGCUGCCCUGGUUCAGGACACUCAGCUGGUACUUCCUGGUUUGUGUGAACUACUUCUUCUAUGGUGAGACAUUGGCGGAGUACUUUGGUGCGUUGGUGCAGAGAGAAGAACCGCUCCAGUUCCUGGUCCGAUACCAUAGAUUUAUCUCCUUCGCUGUCUACCUGGCAGGUUUCUGCAUGUUUGUUCUGAGUUUAGUGAAGAAGCAUUACCGCCUGCAGUUUUACAUGUUUGCGUGGACCCAUGUUACCCUACUGAUAGUGGUGACUCAGUCUCACUUGGUCAUCCAGAACCUGUUUGAAGGAAUGAUCUGGUUCCUCGUCCCUGUCUCCAUAGUGAUCUGCAAUGACAUCAUGGCCUACCUGUUUGGUUUCUUCUUUGGCAGAACACCACUCAUUAAGGUACAUUUACUGUAUAUUGUAUUAUAUUAUACACCCAGUGGCCAGUUUAUUAGGUACAUCACCCUCGUUCACCAAAAUGGAUGGCUCCUACAGACAGUGAGUCACGUGGCCAUAUAAAGCAGGCAG